GCUGGUCGGAAGGCUUGGAGGAUUGUUGGGGGGAUGUUAGCAGAGGACAAGUGGGGCUGGCAGAGCAGUUUACACUGGAGAGGGAAACAUGUGUGCGGGGGAGCCAUCGUCACCCCACGUUGGAUCAUUACUGCAGCCCAUUGCUUCAUCCAGUACAACAUGUUGCAGGAGUCAGAGUGGCAGGUGGUUGUGGACACGCUCAGUUUGACGGACACAUCAGCGGGCCAACGCUACAGAGCACUGCAGAUCCUCUAUCACCCCAGCUUCUCCAUAAACAACAACGACUAUGACCUGGGGCUACUGCGCACUGUAGCUGACAUAGACAUGGGAGGUGAGAAGAAUUAA